AAAAAAUGUAGGUACUUUACUGAUUACAAUUUUGGAUAUCUUGCUUGUCAUACUCGAUUACUGUGAGCAUUCGCGUCUAAUGUAUCUCAUCUUACUACGCGCAACUGUAUUCGUCUUACUAUCCCCAGUAAGGAAAACUCAAGUCUAUGUAUGAAUUUUGACCCUAUUUGAUUUAAGAACCUGAAAAUUGAGCUUAAUACUUAUAAUUUUAUGAGAAAUGUCAUUUCGGGACCACUCAUUGAGAUCAUUAAUUCAACAGAAUCUCAAGAAAACACUACCGUUGCAACCAGAAGAAAAGGUUCCUUAUGAACCGAGCCUGAGCAAUUGGGGAAAUUAUUUUCAAGAAAGAAUAGAAAUACCUACCGGUCACGGGGACAUAAUAGGGUAUUUAACUCUGCCACAGCCAGACAGCUGUUUGUUUGUGCUUCAGCAUGGUGCGGGUUCAAGCGCUAUGUCUUUCGCUCCAAUGAUUCCUGAAUUAUUAUCUAAUUCAGAUAAUUCCGGAGGAUUUCUUUCCUUGGAUCUUCGAGCCCAUGGUGAAACAAGUGUUCAACCAGAAACUGACAUGUCAUUACAGACACUAACAAAUGAUUUUGUACAUGCAGUUCAGUAUGUUCAAAAUAUGUUUCACCUAGAAGAAAAGCUAAUUUUGGUUGGCCAUAGUCUGGGUGGAUCCAUUUGUACAGAAGCUGUAUUUCAAAAGAGACUGCCGAAUGUCUCGGGUUUGGUUAUCAUUGAUGCCAUUGAAGGUUCAGCAAUAGAGUCUUUUAACUAUAUGCGUAGGUAUAUUUCUACACGUCCUUCCUCUUUUUCCUCUAUAGAGGAAGCUAUAAGCUGGCACCUGAAAACACUUACCAUCCGGCAACACAGUUCCGCAUGCAUCACUGUGCCUUCUUUGUUAAUCCCUUCGGAAGAUAGUAGCUGUUACAAAUGGAGAACGGAUCUAGCUUCCACUUCUCCUUUCUGGUCAGAUUGGUUCACCGGUUUGAGUGAUAAAUUUCUAACAUCGGCAUGUGGUAAACUGCUUAUUGUGGCAGCCGCAGACCGAUUAGAUAAAAGCUUAAUUAUUGGUCAAAUGCAGGGAAAAUACCAACUUGAAGUAUCUCCAGCUUCUGGUCAUUUUGUUCAUGAAGACGCUCCCGUUCAGAUGGCCUCCCUCUUAAUCAAGUUUUGGCAUCGUAAUCAACCUUUAGUUUUACCAUUAAAAGUCUAAUGAUUUAUGAAUUUACUCUAAUAAUUUAUGAUGUUACUUCCUUUAAUUUUUAUUCUUCACAUCCUUAUGCUCACACCUACUACAUUAAAAAUUACCGUAUUUUGGUAA